CAGCGAGAUGCCAAACUCUCCGCGAGUGGGAUGAGCCGAGCAGAUGCCGGGAUGAGAUGCCAAGGCGGCUCCCCUUUUCCCUGCGCUUUUGGGUGCUUAUAAAGGAGCCCGGUGUCUCCGCCUGCCUUCUCUUCUCCUGGCAGGUGGCCGUGCGCGCUCCUCGCCGGUGCAGCUCCAGCCAGACCAGAGCGCUCUUUGGUGGCUCCUCAGCCCUCCCGGCAGGCCAGCGGAAGAGCAGCCCCGGCAGCAGAGCCAGCCUGGUGCCAGCAGGAAUUUCCCAGGGAUCUCCCUCCGCUUCCAGCUGCCCUGGGAGAGUUUGGUGUCGCUGCAGAAAAGAGAUGAAUGAGUGAGUGAAAGAAGAGAAGGGGGGUCAAGGCUGCUAGGGGGGAGAACCCGCGGGCAAGCAGCGAGAGGGGCCAUCGGGAGGAGCAGAAGGCCAGUUGAUUCGAGCUGGCACCGGCGGGGGAAAAAAGUCGAUCGCCAGCAGCAGCAUAAAAGUGCGAGCGGUUCCUCGGCGGGGGAGCAGCUGCGGCAGCCACAGGUGCCCCGGCCAGCCAGGGCGGCCAAGCCGUGGAGCGCAGCCAGGCGAGGCUGUCGGGGCUUUGGGAUCUGGCGAAGGACACUUACCCCGACGCCGCGCCUCCCCGCCGGCGGGAGGUCGAGGGCGAGAAGCCCCCAGGGACGCGGGGAGGCUGCCCCGCGGCGUUUUCGGCUCCAGGAGGUGCCCGUCCGGCCAUCAAGAUUUUGUCCAAAAGCAGGCAAGAGGAUCGCCCUGCGCUGAGCCGCCUGGUGGGCAGCAGGCGCCGGCUGAUCGCGGCCGGCGCGCUGGGCGUGGUGAUGGUGCUGCUGCUGGUCAUCCUGAUCCCGGUGCUGGUCAGCUCGGCCGGCACGUCGGCGCACUACGAGAUGCUGGGCACCUGCCGCAUGGUGUGCGACCCCUACGGCGGCACCAAGGCGCCCAGCACGGCCGCCACGCCGGACCGCGGACUCAUGCAGUCCCUGCCCACCUUCAUCCAGGGCCCCAAGGGCGAGUCCGGACGGCCGGGGAAGGCCGGGCCGAGGGGGGCCCCGGGGGAGCCCGGCCCGCCGGGGCCCGUCGGCCCGCCGGGAGACAAGGGCGAGCCCGGCCGCCAGGGCCUGCCGGGCCCGCCCGGGGCGCCGGGGCUCAACGCGGCCGGGGCCAUCAGCGCCGCCACGUACAGCACCGUGCCCAAGAUAGCCUUCUACGCCGGCCUCAAGCGGCAGCACGAGGGCUACGAGGUGCUCAAGUUCGACGACGUGGUCACCAACCUGGGCAACCACUACGACCCCACGACGGGCAAGUUCACUUGCUCCAUCCCGGGCAUCUACUUCUUCACCUACCACGUGCUCAUGCGCGGCGGCGACGGCACCAGCAUGUGGGCCGAUCUCUGCAAGAACAACCAGGUCCGAGCAAGCGCGAUUGCUCAAGACGCGGACCAAAACUACGAUUAUGCCAGUAACAGCGUUGUUCUACACCUGGAGCCGGGAGAUGAGGUCUACAUAAAAUUAGAUGGAGGAAAAGCACAUGGAGGAAACAACAACAAAUACAGCACAUUUUCUGGAUUUAUAAUUUAUGCUGACUGAUUUAAAGAAUCAAACACUAAAUCACAUUCUUCUGAGCAUAAGUGAUGGAUUCAUGUGGCAAAAGUCAACAAAACAAGAAUCCCAGAGGAUACUGGCUGUAGACACCUCAUUAAAGGGGCAAAAUGCUACCUGACUCACAUCUGUGCAACCCAGAGAAAAUGUUUAAAAAAAUAAAGCAAGUUAAGCAGAUGUGUGACCCACUGUCGCCAAAGCAAAAUACUCCUUGUUGUUAGUGUCCAUGUGAAUGAAGUCCUAUAUAGAUCCACAACUUUUAUAAGAAAAAAAAAACCCUUAAGGCACUGAAUUACUUCUCAAGCAUAUAUGAUACUUUUGGUGUGCUAUGAUCUUGCUGCUUUUAUCCAUCCAUCAGCUUUGGUCCUUGUGACUUACCUGCUAACUAUGAUGCGUGUGGAGCCAGCUCAUAUUAUGUGGUGAGGAAUGAUUUUACAAUAAAAGGAAGAUGUAACUGAA